CACACAUGGUGACAGUAGCAAGCAAGGAGUAUCACAGUUUUGAUAAUAACCUUAUCACAUAAUGUAAAAUGGAGUUUGGUAAAGCAUGUUUGAAUUUAAAGACUCUCUUUUUGACAAUGAUGAUGUUCAAAUGGGGAAUCUUCUGCACAGCCACCCCUGACAAAUGCUUGUCUGCACCCUGUCAAAAUGGAGCUACCUGUGUGGAUACAAUGGAUGAUUAUGCCUGCAUUUGUGACAAUGAAGGGGUUAGAUACAUGGGCAAAAAUUGUGAUCAACUCUAUGAUGCUUGUUCCUUUGCGCCAUGUGAAGACUGCAUCAGCACUCUUGGUAUGCAAGAAUACCACUGUAUCUGCCCAGAUGGACUAUCAGGGGAUAACUGCACAGAAGAGGUGGACGAGUGUUGGAGUAGCCCCUGCUCUGAGCCACGUUAUUUGUGUGUAGAUCAGUUCAAUGGGUACUUUUGCAGGUGUCCUCAUGGUUACGGAGGGCCAACAUGCCAUCGACAUGUAACUGAUUGCAUUCACAAACCCUGCAGAAACAAUGGGACGUGUAUUUUGCACCCACAAGGCUUUGAAUGCCAAUGUCCACCAGGAUAUGAGGGAAAGACUUGCGAGGAAGAUACAAAUGAUUGUUUGUCAGAACCUUGUCAAAAUGGCGCUCUCUGUAUUGAUGGAGUGGGAGAGUUUCAUUGCUUCUGUGUGCCAGGUUUUCAGGGCUACAACUGUGAAAUUGACAUCAAUGAAUGUGCAUCAAGACCAUGUGAAAACAAUGCUACCUGCAUCAAUGAGAAGGACCAUUACAAGUGUGAGUGCCUCAUGGGCUUUGCAGGAAUCAACUGUGAAACUGAAAUUGAUGAGUGCGAACUGGAUCCCUGCCACAAUGGAGCCACCUGCCACGACGGCAUUGGCAUUUACUCAUGUGAAUGUCUAUCUGGCUUUAAAGGCAUCAAUUGUGAAGCUGACAUUGACGAGUGUGUAAGUGAGCCAUGCAUAAAUGGAGCUACCUGUCGGGACAUGGUCAACAGCUAUGAAUGUGACUGCAGUGACACUGGAUUUGAAGGAGACCACUGUGAAAUGGACGUCGCUGAGUGUGUGUCUCAUCCCUGUCAACAUGGUGCCACAUGUCUGGAGGGAGUGAAACAAUAUACUUGUAUCUGCUGGCCAGGUUAUGAAGGCAAAAAUUGUGAGAUUGACACUGAUGAAUGUGCUGAGCAUCCCUGUGACAAUGAUGGGGCAUGUUUCGAACGGUCAAAUGUGACUCAUUGGGAGCUAGACUGGGAGCUACAGUAUGCUGAUGCAGCUGGAUAUAUUUGCCAGUGUCAGUCAGGGUUUGCAGGAGAGAACUGUUCUGUUAACAUUGAUGAGUGUGAGUCAGAACCCUGCCAAAAUGGAGCCACUUGUGAGGAUCAAAACAAUGGCUACGUUUGUACCUGCCCUUCUGGAUUUUCAGGUUUUCUUUGUGAAAUUAAUAUUGACGAAUGUGAAAGCCAACCAUGUCAGAAUGAUGGCUGGUGUGAAGACGACACUGCUACCUAUAUCUGCCACUGUCUUGACGUAGAUGUUGGUCAUCUGCCAUGGGGAGGCAAUGAUUGCAGUGAAAAGCUUUUCGGCUGUGUCCACCACGAAUGUCAAAAUGGAGCCACCUGUUACCCGUGGUUUGAUGGAGUUCAACAUGGCCACACCUGUUUGUGCGCUAAAGGAUUCUACGAUGAGCAGUGCUCUAUGCGUACAACGUUCUCUUUCUCCUCCCCAGGAUUCAUUCCCAUUAAGGUUUCUCCACAGAAGACCCAAAUUGAGGUUCAAAACAGUGAUUCUAACAGUUUUGCAAUACAGUUCCGUUUCCGGACAACAUUAUCCAAUAUGUUGCUCUUUUACCGAGGAGAUGUGGACAACUAUGUCCUUAUAGAGAUUGUAGAUGGUUUCCUUCAUGGACAAGCCUUUUCUGAGGCAUCUGAAUGGAAUCUGACCUUUCCUGUCUUUGUUAAUGAUGGGUAUUGGAGAGAUACUCAUGUAUUUCAGGAUAACAAAGGCAUACAUUUGAUAAUGAAAGGACUUGGCUGUAACAAAGAUGGUUGUAGAGCUCGAAAUGAAUCACCUUUAAAGACUUUGGAAACCUUCUCUCAUAUAUAUUUAGGUGGAGCACCAGAAGAAAUGUUACAGAACUCCUUAAGUGGGGCAAGCUUCCUUGGGUGUAUGGAAGACUUAAUGAUAGACGCCCAACCUAUCCUCCCCCAAUUAUUUCAAGAGGUCCAAGAACAACAUCUGGGAUGUAUUAAGACUGAGUGGUGUAAGCCUGACCCCUGCUAUGGGCAUGGACACUGUGUGGACCUAUGGACCGACUACCGCUGCGACUGCUAUCGUCCCUUCUACAGUGCAAGAUGCAUUGAAGAAAUACAGUCCUGGACAUACAGCCAUGAGGGGAGUGUGAGUUUUAGCUUGUAUGAUAUUGGCAAGAGCCAUGGGAGGAACUUUCAAGUGUCCUUCUUUUUGAGGUCAUUGAAGAUGGAUGGGCUAAUCUUUCAGCUGCGAACACCCACUGGAGAAGUGUACUUUUCCAUUUACUUAAAUAUGGGGAGGAUUUUUAUCAGCUCUUGGACUAACAGUGCCCCCUUAACAGCUCCCAUAUUUUUGACAACGGGAGAGAAGCAAUUCCUUCUGGUCGAAGUCCAACAAAGUCACGUUAUCUUUGAGCAUGCAAGUCUUCGUUAUGGAAUAGGGACCAUACCUGAAGUAAGCAUUGAGAGUGGGGAUCAGGCUUACUUAGGAGGACUACCAGAAGAUUGGGACUCUAAUCAUUGGGGAGGUCAUUACAAAGGCUGCCUCCAGGACUUCCGUUUCGAUUCAGUGCAUCUGGAGGUGGAUACAUGGAACAACACAGAUGGAGAGGACAUCUAUUUAUCAAGAGAAGCUGAAAAUGUCAAGAGAGGUUGCAUCAGUGAUAAUACUUGCAAGGUGAGCCCUUGUCAAAAUGGAGGAGAAUGCACGUUCACAUUCAACGAUUUCACAUGUUCUUGUCCGGAGGACUACACCGGCGUUACUUGUGAAACCAGAGUAUGGUGUGUCAGUGAUCCUUGUUUAAAUGGUGGCUAUUGCGUCAACCUCGUUGAUGGAUUUGAAUGUGUGCACAAUGCAACAUUCGACAACAGUCCUGUACAGUUCAGUACUGGAGGUUCCCUGGCUGAACCAGUGUCUUCAAUAUACAUGGAACUAAGGACCCGUUCUGAAAAAGCAGUUCUUUUGAGGGCCUCAAAGGGUUCAGACCUGCUGAUAGUUGGUCUUCUUGACUCUUCAGUCUGGGUUGAGAUCCACAUAGCCACCAGACACGAGAUACUGACCUUUACAGGAGAGCGCAAAGUGAGUGAUGGGAUGUGGCAUCAAGUAAAUGUAUCAAGAGCAAAGCAAGAUCACAAAGCUUCUCACUGGAUAAUUACUGUGGAUGGAAUUAUUGAUGGUAGGAGCCUGCCUGAGAGGACAGGGAGUUUACACUUUCUCAAUGAUCAAGGCUCUGUGCUCACCCUAGCAGAGAGCUUCACCGGAUGCUUAGGUGCAGUCAGGGUCGGAGGAGUUUAUCUUCCAUUUGUCAAUGACGACAAUAUUCCACAGCUGUCUCAAUUCCAUUUACUUGAAAAGCAAAACAUUUUUUUGGGCUGUAGCAGUGCCCCUGUUUGUGAUUCAGAGCCUUGUCUAAAUGGAGCAACAUGUAAGGAUCUCUUUAAUAAAUUUAACUGUCAGUGUGACUCAGGUUGGGAAGGACAUCUGUGUGAGACAGAAACUGAUGAUUGUGUUUCGCACCCUUGUGUUCAUGGGAACUGUAAAGACUACCUUGCUGGUUUUGAGUGUCUGUGCCAUCCUGGAUAUGCAGGCGCACUCUGUGAUGUAGAUAUUGAUGAGUGUGAGCAUCAUGCUUGUAAACAUGGGGGCACCUGUCAAGAUAGAAUCAACAUGUACAGCUGUAUAUGCCCAAAAGGUUACAGCGGUCCACUAUGCGAGUGGGACUAUCCACCACUACAAUGUGGUAAAGAUGUCCGUUGUGCAAAUGAUGGAAUCUGCAAUGAUGGGAUCUGGGGCGCUAACUGUACAUGCCUUCCAGGUUUUAAAGGAAAAAGAUGUGAAUUGGAAAUUGAUGAGUGUGGCUCCAACCCCUGUCGACAUGGUGGCACCUGUUUGGAUCGGUUCAAUAGGUUUUUGUGUGAAUGUCCACAAGGAUACAGUGGACCAGUCUGUGAAACCAAUAAACAACCCAAUAAACAAGAAAUCUCCUGGCUGGUAAUGGCUGUCACCCUGUUGUCCCUCUGUAUGCUAGUUCUGAUAUCUGGCUUGACCUUGAUGAUACUAAAAACAAGAAAGAAGCGCCAGUCCGAGGGAGCUUACAGCCCCAGCUCUGAGGAGCUGGCUGGGGCUCAGUUGGAGAUGGACAGAAUGCUCAAAGUUCCACCAGAGGAAAGACUCAUCUGACAGAGAUUAUGAAGAUUGGAGUUUAGAUUGAUAUUUUAGAGAGAGAGAGAGAAAGAGAGAGAGAGAGAGGUUGCAUGUUGGUAAUUGUACAGUAAGUAAUCAUGGAGACGUGAAAGAUUGUGAUGAUAGAAGUUUGGACAGAAAUCUUAAGUCGCAUAAUGUCAAAAUAUAUAUAUUUUCUUAAAUCUGUGUGGCAUCCCUGGCAAUGUUGCUGUUCCACCAGCAGACUACAGCAAAGUAGAUGGCACUUGCCAGUACAGACUGGAAGAAGAUGUCCAACAUAUUGCUGCGCACUUGAAGGAUCUAAGCUUCCUCUGAAAACAAUGUCUGGUCAUUCCACUCUUGUACAGAGCAUCCGUGUUAGUAUUGGAAUUGCAGUCCAAUGUUCAAGUGUACCGCCAAGGACUUGUUCUGCUGCACCAUCUCUGUGUUCUUUUUUUCCCUUAACAAAAUGUAUAUAUAUUGAUGAUAAUUAAAAAACUAAUCAUAAUCAAGGGGUUCAAUUCCCGGCUCCGCCUGUGUGGAGUUUGCAUGUUCUCCCCGUGCCUGCGUGGGUUUCUCCGGGCACUCCGGUUUCCUCCCACAUCCCAAAAACAUGCAUGCUAGGUUAAUUGACAACUCUAAAUUGCCCGUAGGUGUGAAUGUGAGUGCGAAUUGUUGUUUGUUUGUAUGUGCCCUGUGAUUGGCUGGCAACCAGUUCAGGGGGUACCCCGCCUCCUGCCCGAUGACAGCUGGGAUAGGCUCCAGCACGCCCGCGACCCUAGUGAGGAGAAGCGGCUCAGAAAAUGGAUGGAUGGAUAAUAAUAAUCAUACUAACUAACUGACUAACGAACUAACCAAUAAAUUAACAACCAGAAAAGAAACAAAAACUAGAACAGAAAAAAGUUUACAUCCAACAAAUAUUCAUGUAAAAAAAAAAAGGAAAAGGAGAAAUAAUGAACUAAUUAAUUUGGGUUGUUUGCUAGUGAGGGCCGGUGGACGACUGGUUAGCAUAUCUGCCUCACAGUUUUGAGGACCGGGGUUCAAAUCCCGACCUCGCCUGUGUGGAGUUUGCAUGUUCUCCCCAUCCCUGCGUGAGUUUUCUCCGGGAACUCCGGUUUCCUCCCACAUCCCCAAAACAUGCAUCGUAGGUUAAUUGUAAACUCUAAAUUGCCCAUAGGUGUGAAUGUGAGUCAAAAUGGUUGUUUGUUGAUAUGUGCCCUGUGAUUGGCUGGCGACCAAUUCAGGGUGUACCCCGCCUCUCGCCCGAAGAUAGCUGGGAUAGGCUCCAGCACGCCCGUGACCCUAGUGAGGAGAAGCGGCUCAGAAAAUGGAUGGAUGAAUUAAAUGUGUGUGCUUGUUUUCAUGUGCUUGACUGACUCAAAAAUUUGCCGUUAGCUUGAAGCUGCUAGUGAAAGGUAUCCCCGCGAGGACGUUAGGACCUACGGUUAAAAUCACUCAUGGGUACGUUCACUGCAUACUACGUAGUUCCUUGAACGAAAGAUGAAUGAAUGAAUUAAUGUUUGCCACUGCCCCUCCCAUGCGUGAAUUGAGAGGUGAGGGAGUGCGCCACUGGGCACCGAUGCAGAGACCACCCCCGCCCCAAUCGCCGACCCUCACCAUUACAUGUCCCAUGUCACACACCCCACCUGCCUACUCUACUGUAUGUGCUAUAUGUAUUAAUGAAUAUGUAAUAUGUUUAAUGUUACUAGAUGUGUACUGUAGAUUUGAGUGGAUGUGAUGCAUUAAAAACAUUAUUUUGUU